UAGCAUUCAGCGCCCUUGCAGGGGUCCAAGAAGGUGGCCUUGCCACCAGCUCCUCCACCCACCUCCCCAGUAGCUCAGAGCUGGGAGGCCACCUGCUACUGGGUGGUGUGGAGUGUUUCCCACAGUUCUCCCUCCCUCAGGCUCCCUUGGGUUCUGUUCACACUAGGAAGGGAGCACAAGUGAAUCCAACAGCCUGGGGGAUCAGGACAUCGCCUCUUUUUCCUGAAGGACACUCCCUUCAGAUCGUGAAUGGGAACUCCCUUCCCCCUGCAGCAGCCGGCCACAGCCGUCCUGACGUCCUGACGGUCCAGUGUGAAUGCUGCAGCAGCCGCCACGCCACAGCCACAAGAAAAGCGCCCCAGAGCCAAGGCAGAGAGCCGCAGUAACCCAGAGGCUCAGAGAGCCGGCUUGGGGCUGCUGGGAAGCAGCCACAGCAAGGUGAGGGGGACAGACGGAGCCCAGCAGAGCGCAGCAAGUGGAUGCAGUUUCCUCUGGGACAGCUUUUCAGUACUGAGAAUACCACAAUAAGCCGCUGCUGAGCCAUGGCUGAAGGAGAAAUCACAACCUUCACAGCCCUGACUGAGAAGUUUAAUCUGCCUCCAGGGAAUUACAAGAAGCCGAAACUGCUCUACUGCAGCAAUGGGGGCCACUUCCUGAGGAUCCUUCCAGACGGCACUGUGGACGGCACAAGGGACAGGAGCGACCAGCACAUUCAGCUGCAGCUCAGUGCGGAAGGCGUGGGGGAGGUGUAUAUAAAGAGCACCGAGACCGGCCAGUUCUUGGCCAUGGACACCGAUGGGCUUUUGUACGGCUCGCAGACACCAAGUGAGGAAUGCUUAUUCCUGGAAAGACUGGAGGAAAACCAUUACAACACCUACACGUCCAAGAAGCACGCAGAGAAGAAUUGGUUUGUUGGCCUCAAGAAGAACGGAAGCUGCAAACGUGGUCCUCGGACUCACUAUGGCCAGAAAGCAAUCCUGUUCCUACCCUUGCCAGUCUCUGAUUAGAGAAAUCUGUGCUGGGUGUCGACCACUCCAAAGGAGUCUUGAGGGACCCUCGCCUGGUAGACCCCAAAAUGUUCCCCUGACCAUUGGCUGCGCUAACCCCCAGCCCACAGAGCUUGAAUUUGUAAGCAGUACACUUCUCCAUGCCCAGUUUACUUUUUCGCAGAGCCCUUUACCCCAGCACAGUUUGGGACAGAAGAACCAAAUUGCCUCUAGGGACCAGCUGGCCAGCCUGAGUCUGGGGCUGGGGGCCCAGGGGCCUCGGGGCACGGCGGCAGGCUGAGCCUGUCAGAGCAAAGUGAAGUGUUAAGGGGUCUGCUGAGUGGGUCCCUAGUAACCCUACUACUGCCUGCUACUAAGUAAGCCUUGGCUGAAGCCCCCCAAAUAGCUACCCUGGCUGCCUUUUCCCUGUUCAAUAUUCCACAAAUGUUAGCAGAAAGGCUGAUUUCGAGGUUAGAAGAAGGCAGCAUUCCAUGACAGAAACGAGGACAGAGAAAUCAAGCACAGACAGGAUCUGAAAUGAAACGGGAGACUGUACGUUGGCAGGCAGUUCAGAAGGCGGAUCCCAAUACAGAGAGCUGAGGUGGGGAGGCUUGGCCCCCGGAAGGCAGACUGAAGGCCGUGCCACUGGACUUCCCACAGUUAUGAGCGGCACUGGAAGCCUCUGGCAUCUGGAGAGAGCGGGCACCAGACACGGUUUCUUAGUAAAAGCAAUGAUACCGAGGUUGGGGAGUUCAGCUGGAUCUAGAGGUGGGAAUAGGGAGGGCAUGGGGGUGCUGUCCUCCAAAAGGGAUGACUUUAGAAGCAAGCACAGAGAAGGUGACACCACUGCUUGUGCUUAGCCACCAAGAGGCAGAGGUCCCAGGGUCCUGGCAUGGGGCUCCCCCCUCAGAUGCACUUACAGCUCCCCUGGAGACCUGGCUUGAGGGUAGAUACUGAUGGGGAGGGGCUGGGAGCAGCUUUUGUCUCCACAACCUCCCACGUCCUACAACUGCAGCUGCUUUCCCCCACCAUCCUACAAGGAGCAGAUCCUAAAGAACAGUAUUCAAAUAAAGGUGGCUAAAUCCCUGAACCUCACUGCCUCUGCC